AUGGCGAGAUCAAAUAGAAAGACAGCAAAUGAUGAAGCAAAAAAGAAAUUAUCAUUUGCCUAUCAAGGUCUCGAUUCAAUACCUGAUCAAUUAUUACCAUAUGAUAAAUCUAUUAUCGAAUAUCUUGAUCUAACUGAAAAUAAUUUGGAUGAUCUUCGAUUUCUUAUCGAUUUUUCUAAUCUACAAACAUUAAUUGUUGAUAAAAAUCAAAUAAAUUCACAUGUAAAAAUACCUCAUCUAGAUAAAUUACAUACUCUAUGGAUUAAUCAUAAUCAAAUAACAAAUUUAAGUGUAUUUAUAAAAACAUUAGCUACUUAUUGUCCUCAAUUGAAAUAUUUAAGUAUGAUGAAGAAUACAGCGGCACCGAGUUAUUUCAAUGGUGGUUCUCCUAAAGAAUAUGUUGACUAUAGAUACUAUGUGAUCAGUCAGCUGCCAUGUUUGAUCAUGCUUGAUGAUCGACAAGUAUCACUAGAAGAAAGACAAGAAGCUCAACGUAUCUAUACAUCUAUGACACUCGGACGACAAGGAAGAAUUUCAUCAACAAAAAUUCAACAAUUAAAAGGAUAA